GUAUUCCUCACCAGCCCUUCUCGCUCCUCCUCCUCCUCUCCUUUCUCGCGUCUCCAUUUCCUCCCACCAAAUACAGCACCGUGAUCCGCCACCAAUCCGUCGACCGAUCCCCGGCCAUGGCCGCCGACUCCGCCGACUGCUGCCCGUGGGACGUGCUCCCGACGCACCUCCAGGAGCGCAUCCUCUCCCGCCUGCCGCUCACCGCGCUCAUCCCCGUCGCCGCCGUCUCCCGGGCGCUGCGCCGCCUCCUCCGUUCCCCGGCCUUCCACGCCCUCCUCUCCCAGCACCGCCACGAUGCCUUCUUCCUCCUCUCUCCGCGCCUCGCCUUCCACCCGCUCUCCCGGCGCCUCCGCCAGGUGCCCCCCUCGCCCCUGCUCGAUCCAUCUGCCCCUUCCCCUCCUCUCAUCUCCUCCGCCUCCCCCUCCUUCCUCGUCACUGUCGACUCGCUCUUCCGCCUCCCGGCGCUCCCCGACCGCUCCUACAUCAUCGCCGUCGUCGUCCCACCCUCACCCUGUUCCUCCACCAGCCGGGAUCACACCCUCGUUGCCGUCACCGACGGCGCUGCUGUCCGCUCGUAUUCCCUGGACUCCUCCGAUCCCUCCCCACGGUGGGUACCUGGAGCCGAGCUCCCGCUUCCAUUUGCGAUCCUUGGCAAUGCCGCGGUCGCCAGUGACCGUGCUCGUCUCUUUGUGCUCGGCCGGGGGCCGGACGCGCUUCUGGUGCUUGAUCUCGAGACCGGGAAGUGGGCUGCUCCACCAGUGGUGAUGCCGCACGGCCUUACGACGGCCCACCUGUUUGUUCUUGAUGAUCGGCUGUUCUUGGUAGGUGGGGUGGAGAGGUUGGGGGUGCUGGAGCGGGUGGUGGUGUGGCAAUUGGACAACGACGAGGCAGUGGGAUGGGGGGAGGUAGCCACAAUGCCGUCGGAGGUGUUUGAUGAGUUGGUGGCUGAUAGGCAGGGCAGUUUCUGGCACUUUCAGGCUGCCGACAGAAUGGGGACUCUGUGCCUGUACAAUGCUGUAGAUGGGAGGCUGGUGAUGUUUGAUGCGGUGGAUUGUGCAUGGGCGAAGAUGCCACGAGUGUCUGGAUUAGACGUCGACGAGAGCACGCUGUGGUUUGGGCAUGUCUUGGAGCCAGGCGUCGACCUCUUGCUGGGACAACGCUGCCAGUGUUCAUGAGGUUGUUUUCUGGGCCUUCAUGUUUUGGUGCAAUUCUGAAACUCGAAAUCAUGUUCCCUGACCGUGAACCUAUGUUUCUUUGUAAGUAGGAAUAACUGGUUCCGCUAGCUGUUUGCUCCAAAAGCAAAGCAACCUUGUAUGUGAUAUAACUUCAAGCAUCCCAAGUUGUAUCAUGAAAGAAUAUCAUUGAUGAAAACUUCGAUUAACCAAAAGGGCUAGAUUUCCCUUUUCUGUU